ACAAGUGUGUGCCUGUCGCUUUAAACUCUGAGGCUCUACAGUAAGGAAGUUUAGUGCAUUCUAUGUUUUCGUUUUCUUCCUGUUCGUUUCACUGUGACUGGCCCUUGGCUGAAAUCGAAAGAGCAUUUGAAAUAAAAGUUUGUUAGAGACACCGGUACUUGAGUUGAACUAAAACUCAAAGACAAACUAAGAGAGAAAAUGGCGGAUGAGUCUUCUGCUCCCCAUAGAGAGGAGGAGGUCGAACCAAUGGGAGAUACAACCGAUGCGAAGCCGGACAGAAAAGGAAGGUUCUCUCUGUUUGGAAAUAAGAAAAAGGAUGGCCAAGGUCUGGAGCAGGACCCCUCUUCUGACAGUCAUAACAGAAUUGUUUCACGGGCCUUCCAGUAUAAGAUGAACUACAAGAGGCUUGGGAAGUGCAUCAUUAUCAACAACAAAAACUUUCAUGUGAAAACAGGCAUGACAGUACGGAACGGCACAGACAGGGAUGCUGGAGAACUGUUUAAGUGUUUUAAAACAUUGGGCUUUAAAGUUUGUAUUUACAACGACCAGACGUGUCAAAACAUGGAGAAGCUGCUCAGAGAUGCCUCGGAGGAAGACCACAGUGACAGUUCAUGCUUUGCCUGCAUCCUUUUAAGCCAUGGCGAGGAAGGCAUGAUCUAUGGCACGGAUGGAGCAAUGCCAAUCAAGACUGUGACCUCCCUGUUCAGAGGAGACAUGUGCAAGAGUCUUGUGGGCAAACCCAAACUCUUCUUCAUUCAGGCAUGCAGGGGCUCUGAAUUUGAUAAUGGCAUUCAGACUGAUUCCGGACCUCCAAAUGAAUCCUUGGAAACAGAUGCCAACCCUCAGCACAAAAUUCCAGUUGAAGCCGACUUUCUUUUUGCAUAUUCCACAGUGCCAGGCUACUACUCCUGGAGGAACCCGGGACAGGGCUCCUGGUUUGUCCAGGCCCUCUGCAACGUCUUGAGUGAAUACGGGAACCAGCUGGAGAUCCUGCAGAUUCUAACCAGAGUCAACUACAUGGUGGCUACCAGCUUCGAAUCAUGGUCUGAAGACCCUCGCUUCAGUGAGAAGAAGCAGAUACCCUGUGUGGUGUCCAUGCUCACGAAAGAACUCUACUUUAGCUAAUGCUGAAGUUGACCAUUAGUUGGUCGCACAUUCAGGGAGAUUAUAAUACAGCUCAGCUUCUUCAGUGGCACGUAAAGUGCAAAAUAGUCUGUUGCCCUUGAAACUUGUCACAUUGACCUUUGCAGACAGGUAGCAUUUUUAGAAUCAUUUCCCAGUUAAAUGGGAUUCAGCCAGUUUAAGCAUCACGACACAAUAUUGAUAUAUAUACUUCUUCGUGCAUGAAUUACCACUUCUCACAAUCCCCUGGUGGGCAAGAGGGGAUGAAUUAGUGCAGAAUAAACCGUGAAUUUGUUGGGAAGGGAGGGAAGGGAAAGGGGAACCUUAAUGUUUUUAAAUUAUGAGGAAUUAAGAGGGCUGAAUUCAAAAAUAAUUACUUUAUUAUUUCAGCUGCCAAACCUUACAGCAAGUAAGAGAGAUUUUUUAGCAUCAGUAUAUUUUGUUUUUCAGGGAGCAAGUAGUAAUUUGUUUUCUGUACAGUAACAUGUUAAUUCCUCAUGCCAUGUUUAAUUAUUCAUGCCUCUGUUUCUGUUGACUCGGUUCAUGAACCCUGAUAUUUACAAUAUUGCACAAUAUUCAGUCUUAAUCCCUAACAUUUUGUUCUGUUUUCAGUCACGAUCAGUAUAUUCGCAAUCAUAAUAAUAAACUUUGAAGGUUGAACUGUCAAUUUUUUAAAUGGUAUUUGUUUUAAAUUUGUUUCCGUUUAAUUAAAAAAAAAAAAAAAAAAAAAAAAAUAUGUAUUUAGUAAACUUCCUUCAAAAACAAGCCCACUUGAAUUUGAGCUUGACAGCCUGUAAAACACAAACCUUGUGCAGAGUCCUGGACAAAAGUUUUGCAUCACCUUCUAGAAUUAACUGAUUUUGCUUCAUAAAGUCAAAUGGAACCUGCUGAAUAAU